AUGACUGGGUCAGAGGCAGCAGGUUCAGGUAACCUAGUCAUUGGUUGUUGUGUGAUAUCUGGCAAGUCUUGUUGCGUGCUUUUCGAUUUUGGAGCGGCACACUCUUUUGUGUUAGAGUCUUGUGUGCGGGAGUUAGGUCUGUCGGUGUGUGGGCUACCGUUUGACCUCGUGGUAUCUACCCUGGCAUCCGGGUUGGUUAGGACUUCUUCUGUGUGUGCUAGAUGUCCAGUUGAGGUAGAGGGACGUGUAUACAAAGUCAAUCUCAUAUGCCUCCCUCUGCAAGGACUAGAUGUAAUCUUGGGAAUGGAUUGGCUCUCUGCCAAUCAUGUAAAGGUUGAGAAGGAGGAGAGGAUCACCGUGAUACCAGUGGUCAGGGACUUCGAAGAUGUGUUCCCCGAAGAGGUACCAGGUUUGCCCCCGAGAAGAGAAGUUGAGUUCUCCAUAGACUUGGUACCGGGAGCUGGCCCGAUGUCGAUAGCUCCUUACCGCAUGGCCCCAGCGGAGUUGGUGGAGUUAAAGAAGCAGAUAGAGGGAUUACUGGAGAAACAGUUUAUACGACCGAGUGCUUCGCCGUGGGGAGAGCCUGUCUAUUGGUAA